UGCAGGCACGAAAGGCAGCGCAUGGGGUACUGGGUAUUGAAGUUCACUUAGAUACGAAGUGACUUUAAAAAAAAUACUAUGCCUCUCACUAAUAUAUUACACGUCCUGUUGGUUUUGAAUGUGGUCGUCGGCCUUAUCGGUGCCGACGAAUGCGAAGUCUGUGUGGGUUUUCUAGGACGUCUCUAUAAAUCUCUCAUCAGCACACAUUCAGAGUUGAGCCAUGCCAUCGUGGAGCAAGGCCUCAUUCAGACCUGUGCUGAGGCAACCGGGAAAGACAGCCGCUUGUGCUACUACCUGGGAGCUUCCAGUGAUGCUGCAGCCAGAGUGAUAGGGGAAGUGGCACGCCCUCUCAGUGCCCACGUCCCGCCCCCUAAAAUCUGUCAGAAGCUCCAGAAGAGAGAUAGCCAGAUUUGUGAACUGCAAUACGAUAAAGCUGUUCUGGACUGGAGCAGGGAUGCCCUCUCCAAGCUGCGCGUGUUGGAGCUCAAACGCCUGCUGGCCUCGUGGGGGGAGGAGUGCAGGGCCUGUCUGGAGAAGGGCGAGUUCAUCGACCUCAUCCAGCAGGUGGCGCCAAAACACAGUAGCGCCGCCCAGGGACGCUCGGCAGAGCUCUGAUGGGCUCCACUGCGCAGCUCCGCGACAGGGACCGUCGCCAGCAGCUCGCUGAGCCUCACCGCGCAGCUCCGCACUGCACGGGGUGAGCUUAAAGCGCUGCUUCCCCUCCAGACUCCGAAAGCAACUGUGGAAUAAAGGAAAGCAAUAAUUACAGUAUAUU